CGCUCACCUCAACUUCCGCCGGAAGCGGUUCCUGUCAGUCGUUGUCCUCCGGCGUUAGAGCUUGUUGGCGUCGGGCUCGCGGCGCCUGGCUGGCCGCGGCUGGAACCGAGGAGCUGGAGACGGAAGCUCGGGCGUCAACCCGGGCAGCGAGAUGGACGUUCUGAAGUCGGAGAUCCUCCGGAAGCGGCAGCUGGUGGAGGACAGGAACCUGUUGGUGGAAAAUAAAAAGUAUUUCAAGCGUAGUGAACUUGCAAAAAAAGAAGAGGAAGCGUAUUUCGAAAGAUGUGGCUACAAGAUACAGCCAAAAGAGGAGAACCAGAAACCAUUAACUUCUUCGAAUCCAGUGUUAGAACUUGAACUUGCAGAGGAAAAGUUACCCAUGACUCUUUCUAGGCAAGAGGUUAUCAGAAGAUUGAGAGAAAGAGGAGAACCAAUUAGACUAUUUGGAGAAACUGAUUAUGAUGCAUUUCAGCGUUUAAGAAAAAUAGAGAUCCUCACACCAGAAGUUAACAAGGGAUUGAGAAAUGAUUUGAAAGCAGCUUUGGAUAAGAUCGACCAGCAAUACCUCAACGAGCUUGUUGGUGGCCAGGAACCUGGAGAGGAAGACACACAGAACGAUUUGAAAGUCCAUGAAGAAAACACCACAAUCGAGGAGUUAGAGGCAUUGGGAGAGUCUUUAGGGAAAGGCGAUGAUCAUAAAGACAUGGACAUCAUUACCAAAUUCCUUAAGUUUCUUCUUGGUGUUUGGGCUAAAGAACUGAAUGCCAGAGAAGAUUAUGUGAAGCGCAGUGUGCAGGGUAAACUGAACAGUGCUACUCAGAAACAGACUGAGUCCUAUCUCCGACCCCUUUUCAGAAAGCUACGGAAAAGGAAUCUUCCUGCUGAUAUUAAGGAAUCCAUAACAGAUAUUAUUAAGUUCAUGUUGCAGAGAGAAUACGUAAAGGCUAAUGAUGCUUAUCUUCAGAUGGCCAUUGGAAAUGCCCCUUGGCCCAUAGGGGUCACCAUGGUUGGUAUCCAUGCCAGAACUGGUAGAGAGAAGAUCUUUUCUAAGCACGUUGCACAUGUUUUAAAUGAUGAAACACAGCGGAAAUAUAUUCAGGGAUUGAAGAGGUUAAUGACCAUCUGCCAGAAGCACUUCCCUACAGAUCCAUCAAAAUGUGUGGAGUACAAUGCCCUGUGAAAUCUGUGCGUGGUGUAAAGUGACAAGAAGCUUAAGUGAAUGUGGGGCGGACUUCUGGAAUUACCAACAAGAACGAGGGAAGAAGAAAAAUGGAGUUUCUUGUGUUUGAGUCCUACCUAACGCAACUCUCUUGGUUUUAAGAAACAGUGUUGGCUCUCAUAUCAUAUCUGGCUGCAAAUGGAUUUUUGUGUCAUUUGCUUUAAAUAGACGAAAAAUUAGUUCUAAAGACUUCUUAUAAUUUAAAUGUGUAGACAACUGUCACAGAAGGGGGUUUAAAAUGACUUUCUCCCUCUAGACCUGAGACUUGGCAGAUGAUUAAAAAGGAACAUUUGAGGAUGGACUUAAUUAUUUCUGUAAAAUAUGGUAAUUUUCACAUUGUCUUUUAUGCAGUAUUUAUAAAAAAUAUUUUUAUAUAUUUCAAUGAAAAUGUGGAACCAUUUAAUGAAACUUUAUAGUCCUUAAAUGUUGCUGAAUUUGGGCCAUCUUGCAGUAGAAUUUGAAUGUAAAUGUUAUUACUGUGGAGUGUUUUUCUUGCAUUUCAAGGCUUGCUUUUACCUCAUAAGGAGUGUAGAUUUUAGUGUUCGUCAUCUCUUGGGACAGAUAGAAUGAACAGGAAAUAGAAGUUUGAAAAAGGUGGUAUCCCAGCAGGAGUUUAAAUUACAUAACCCCAGUGCAUCAAGGUUCAAGGUGGGGAAAUGGAUUGUCAAGCCAGCCAAGGAUGGGGACAUUUUGAUGCCACUGGUUCUUCCCAGAAUAGGCCUGCCUGCUCGUGUCACUGUGGCCGGGCCUGUGGUGGACUGCAGUUCCCAGCUCCCCGCCGCCAAGCAGAGGAGCGGUGUUCUGGGACCCUCGUCACCACCUGAGUCCUAGGUCACGGGUCUGAUUUUGCACAGAUGAGGACUUCUGAAUCUCACAGUGUCCUACCCAGGUUAUGGUGAUGAAUGGCUCUGCCCGGGAAGUCAGAGGACUCCAUUCACAGAGGAAGGUGGGUGAAGAGAGCACAGCUGGCCAGGGGGAGUGGUGCCGUGGGACAGUGAGCAGCAAGAGUGGGGGCUCCCAAGUCAGAUCUUCCGAGCUUGAGAUUGCAGCUGUCCACCCACCGAGUGUGUGAUUGUGGGCAAGUAACUUAUUGUUUCCCAGCCUCCUUUUGCCUACGUGCAGUGGUAGUUCCUGAACGUAGUACGUACCUCAGCACUGUGGUUGUGUUCAAGUAAAAUAAAAUGCUUAGCACACUGCCUAGCAAA